AUGUGGAAACUCUCUCGCAUGCUUUCUUCUUCAUCUUCCAGGAAUCACCUAUUGGAACUUCUUUCGUCAAGGAAAAUCCAAGUUCGGGAUUUCUCUACUGCCACAAAUCACUAUUCUGCUAAAGGAUAUAGUUCGGAUCGAAUAUUUGCUCCUUAUUCUGUUUACAAGGGAAAAGCUGCAUUUCAACUCACUCCUUGUCUUCCGACUUUCACUAAGUUGGAUUCUGGGGCUCUCGUGGUUGAUCGUCGAGGUUCAAUCAUGAUGAGUUUCGUGCCUGCUGUUGGGGAGCGCAAAUAUGACUGGGAGAAGAGACAGAUAUUUGCCCUAUCAGCUACUGAAGUUGGUUCUUUGAUAGCCAUUGGUCCCCAGGAUUCAUGUGAAUUCUUUCACGAUCCCUCAAUGAAAUCAAGUAAUGCUGGUCAAGUAAGGAAGAGUUUAUCAAUUAAGCCUCAUAGCAGUGGCUACUUUGUCUCCCUGACUGUUGUCAACUCCGUGUUAAAUACCAAAGACAAUUUCAGUGUUCCUGUUACAACUGCUGAGUUUUCUGUGAUGAAGACAGCUUGCAGUUUUGCAUUGCCACACAUUAUGGGCUGGGAUCGUCUAACUAAUCAGAAAUCCAGUGAGACAGUAAGCUUUCAACCCAAUCGGCAGUCCGGUGGGACAGUUAGCUUUCAACCAAAUCGGCAGUCCGGUGGGACAGUUAGCUUUCAACCAAAUCGGCAGUCCGGUGGGACAGUUGCCUUUCAACCAAAGAUGAGCCCACAGAUUCUAGACUUGGAAUGGGAAAAGUGA